GCCGCCGCUACUGCUUUCUCCUCCUCCUCCACCUCCUCCUCCUCCUCCUUGUCUCUUCGUUCAUUCCUUUUCUUCUCCUGAGGUUUUGUCUGUCUUUCUUAUUUUUUGCCGUUUUCUUCCGUCCCUCCACCGAGCCUGCCUGGCACCAUGCGGCUCCGUCUAGGACCCACCCUGUACGGCUUGGCUCCCACCUUCCUGCUCCUCUUGGCCUUUCCUCUGGUGGCCGCCAUGUGCCCCAUGCUUUGCACCUGCUACUUUUCUCCGCCCACGGUCAGCUGCCAGGCCAACAACUUCUCCUCGGUGCCACGGGUCCUGCCCGCCAAUGCUCAGCGCCUCUUCCUGCAGAACAACCUGAUUGGGACCCUGCGGCCCGGCAUGUUUGGGCCGAGCCUCGUCACCCUUUGGCUCUACUCCAACAACAUCUCCUCCAUCCAGCCGGGCACCUUCCGCCACCUCCAAGCUCUGGAGUGGCUGGACCUGGGGGACAACCGCAAUUUGCGCACCCUGGACGCAGACACUUUCCGCGGGCUGGAGCGGCUGCAGUCUCUGCACCUGUACCGCUGCCAGCUGAGCAGCUUGCCGACCACCAUCUUCCGUAACCUCUUCAGCCUCCAAUACCUCUACCUUCAGGAGAACAACCUGCUUUGCCUGCAGGACGACCUUUUUGUGGAUCUGGCAAACCUGAGCCACCUUUUCCUGCACGGCAACAAGAUCUGGCAGCUUUCCGAGAAUGUCUUCCGGGGUCUGUCUGGAUUAGACCGCCUGUUGCUGCACAGGAACCGCCUGCAUGCCGUUCCGACUUGGGCCUUCCGUGAUCUGGGCAAGCUCACCAUCCUCUACUUGUUCAACAACAGCCUGACCACCCUCUCCGGGGAAACCCUCUCAGACUUGCCGUCCCUGGAGUUCCUACGCCUCAACAACAACCCGUGGGCCUGCGACUGCCGGGCCCGAUCCCUCUGGGCCUGGUUCCAGCGCACGCGCGUCUCCGUCUCGGACGUCAUAUGCACUUCUCCGGCUGACCGCGUGGGGCGCGACAUGCGCCGCCUCAACGAAACGGCCUUCCGGGGCUGCCCGCCGGGCAACCACCACCCUGUGGGCUUUGACUGGGGUUGCAGGCCUGAGUGGGAGAAUGGAGCAGCUCACCCCCACCCCCACCCCCGCCCUCACUCCAAUGGCUCAUCCAAUCACCUCUAUGGCCUCGGGGGGUCGCCUCCCGCCGACCCCUCCUCCUUCUACAGGGACGUGCCGGCCAAUGACAUCCGCAGCCCCAAGUAUGACCCACCCACGGAGGACGGCUACUGGGGGGGCUAUGGCAACGAAGAAGGGGGGCAGCUGAAAAAGGGGUGCCCGGGACCUGGCUGUUCUUCUCUGGACUCUGGAGGUACCAGGAUUGGCGUCCUGUUGCUUCCCUUUCCCUGGCUGCUGAUGCUUUGGGGACCUUCCUGGUUUUGACAAUGGAGGGUGGCUGCUCUGCUGGAUGCUAAGCUGCCUUUAUGAGAACUGACUCUCUGGGAGAUCCAAGCCAGGAUGGGUCCCCACCCAGGGCUUAGCUGAGGCCAAAGGGAUUAAGCUUCCUCCUGCUACAGGGACAAAGGGAGACUAGAUCCGUUGCUGCUGCUUUCCUGGCCAUUUGUGAGACUUAACACUGGAGCCACUUUCUGGGUGGUAUCUGACAUAUUUUGUGAACAUAUGGCAAGGGCGCCCCCUUUUUAUUUCUGGGGUGUUGCAUAAUUCUGCUAAAGAUGUUCCCUUAAUGCUACUGCUAUCCAGGGCUGUUACGAGGCCUUCUGUGUUUUCCAUAUCCUGGAAAGAGCAGGGAUCUCUUCUGUGCAUGACAAGGAAGUGCGGAAUGAAUGAGGAUCUGAUCUUCAGAGGUUCUGUUCUUUCUUCAAUAUCCUACCAUGCACAUAAGUGCCUGCUUUGUCCAAUCAGAUAGGAUAUCUCAACUCAGAAAAAAAAGAAACGAAAUACCAUUCUCCUCCUGAGCCGCAGAAGGCUACAGGAAUCUUGGGCCCUUGUCACUCUUGACUCCUCCCCCAUUAUUUGGUAUAUGUUUUGGGGUUUUUAGUUUAAACACCAGGGGACCAAGUCACAUAAUCAGUUCAGGUAAUAAUUACCCAGUGCAAUGUUUCACUGGGUAAGCUAAUCUUCAUUGGCAGGGAUAGUGUCUACAUGAUGAUGAAAGUGGCUGUGUUGGCUCUUCCAUACUACCAAGUCUUAGGCAACAGUUGCAGUUAUCUCAUGAUAAACACGAUCAUGUGAAUUGGCCCUUGCUCAUAACUGCUGGUCUUCAUUUUUUGUGUGGCCGUGUCCUCUCCCCACCCCACCCCUGGUGCCUCCAUGUCUUCCCCUACCCCUAUUUUCCCUUGAAAAAAGGCCAAAAAAUUGGUUGGUUGGAGAACUAUUAAACUAUUUUAGUAUGGCUUGG